UACAGUUGGAGUACAGCUGGAGUACAGCUGGAGUACAGUUGGAGUACGCACUCUUGGAGUCUCGCUUUUUCCCCCUUGGUAGGACCCCACCUUCUCAGAAAAAUCGUAUAUUCGAAUUUCGACCUGAAACUUUGUGUACAUGAAGGCCUCAAUGAGACUAGCUUACACCAAAAAAUUCAGAAGUUUUGGACAAACUUUCUCUGAGAUAUCAAAGUCUCAAAACAUUGGUGCUUUUCUAUAGGAGUUAUACAUUUCGAGAGAUUGAUAUCUCAGAGAAAAUUUGUCCAAAACUUCUGAACUUUUUGGUGUAAGCUAGUCUCAUUAAGGCCUUCAUGUACACAAAGUUUCAGGGCGAAAUUCGAAUAUACGAUUUUUCUGAGAAGGUGGGGUCCUACAGAGAAAAUUCACUGAAAAAUCUAAUAUCUCGGUUUAGGUACGCCAGAAGCAGCUCAUAUUUUAAAUUUGUUAGUUUCUCGGUGAGAGUGAUCAUUUGACCUGAGCAUGGUCAACCAUUUUGCUUAUCAGUACAAACCCUUCCAUUGUUAGAUAAUUCUGUGCAGUUUAAUACAGACUAGCUUUCCAUUAAAAAAGAUGCUUGAAUCUUUCUUGAAAAUAGUAUUCUUUCGUUUUAUCUCUUGGAGAUAUUUACAUAAUCUGAUUUUCUUCGAUUUGAAAAUGUUAUUUUUCUAUGAUCAUAUAACUUUUUAAAAAGCUUUUUUGGUGAAUUAUUUAAAUUACGCAUGGUACCUUAUGAUGCAAUGAAUCGCAAUAUUCGAUAUUUAUUCAAUCGUACAACUAAUGAAGAAUGUCUUGAAUGUUUAUGUCGGAUUUUACGUUCUAUUUGGAAAGAAAUUUAUGCUAAGGCUUGUGAAAAAGAUAAGCGUAUGGCACAGUUGAAAAAAUACUGUCAUAAAUUAGAUGUCAUUGCUAAAGAGCAGAAGAUAUCAGAACAUAUUCGUGUUAUGAUUCAAGAUCUUCUUGAAUUUAAACAAGCUUCAUUGGUUACUCCUUCUGCUGAAAAUGAACGACGAACAAUUGAUCAACAAGAAUGGGAACGAGAUCUAUGUUGUCGUGAUACUGUUACUGGUAGUAAUUGUAGUGGUGAUAAUUCACAACAAUUUGAUGAUGACAAUGAUGGUGAAGUUGAAAAACAAUAG